AUUACAGUUUUAGUAGUUUAUCGAGCUCGCAUGUGUGUCGACGUACGAUUAGAUAACCAACAUUUGUGAGAUAGUGCAAGUGAAUCAUGAGUCCGGACGAAGUAAUCGAAGAACCGUUUAAAAUUAAAAGAAUAACGUAUGAAACCGCGACUCCGUUUACUGCGCCAGUGCGGUAUGCAGCUAUUGAAGAGGUUAACGUGCCCUCGGAAUAUGUACAUGAACUAGACGUGUCUACUAAGGCUAGAUAUACCUAUGAACUUGACAGAUACAGUAAAAAUGCCAUGCUAAUAUUUGAAGGCAUAGAAAACUCAGACACAACGGACAGCAAUUCCAAAAAUGAGUUUCCGCAUAAUGACCUAAGCACAAGAUUAAAGGAAACCUUUGAAAAGUAUCGUUUCGAAGUUGAAAUCCAUCGAGGCUUGAAGGAUCAUGAGAUAGCUAGCACUUGUGAUACUUUUUUUCAGAGAGAUUUUACGGAAUAUGGCUGCGUAGGAAUAAUAAUGCUGCCAAAAAUCAAUUAUGGAUAUGUUGAGUCGUAUCACACUCCGAAAAGUGAGUUUGGAGUUUUGCGAUAUUUAUCCGAUCUUUACACUCCAACGCUGCAAGGGAAACCGAUCAUUUAUAUAAUUCAGACUGAAAGUUGCUACGUAAUCCCUCAAGCACGCGUCUCAUCCAGAAUGCCCCAGGACAUCCUUGAGUUUCGUAUUCCUGUUCCUAUCACUACACCAGAUGUAAAAGCCACGAUUGUAUCUUGUCUUCUGGAGUACGUAAAUACGGAAAUCGUCAGAUUAGGUGAUAAGACUGACCUGUAUACAAUCCUGAACGACUCCGUCAAAAAGUUUACACGGUCUGGGCAACACUAUGACAUCCCAGUUGGUUUCUACAGCUCCUUAACUAAAGAACUUUGGUUAGCUAACGCACAAGAAUGAUGGUUGAUGAUAUUUUAAUAUUUGAUUAAUGUGUUAUAAGGAGAGGAAACCAAUAAGCCUCUUUGUUCUGUGAUACAACAAUAUCGGCUCAUUUGUUAUCUAUUGAAUAAACCAAAGAUUGUUGAAUAAAUAGAUAGUCAGUAAUA